AUGAUGCGAGCCCUUGGAAGAGGAACUCUUAAUGUUACGACCAUUUCUCGAAGCCGUAUCAGCCCUGGUUGGAAAGCUGGUUCAAUGCUUACUAUCAUCACAACUCAUCCUGACUCACCUGAUCUUGAUCAAAACAUACUCGAUCGACUAGUAUUUGAAAAGGCCGACAUCAUGUAUUAUGUCGAUCGUCUUGCAUUGAUUGGAAGUGGAGCGUUUAUGAACUGUUACAAAGCAAAGGUUGUAAUCGAGGGUCAAGUGCGAGAUAUGGUUGCUAAGCAGGGAAUAGGAGCUUCAAUCAGUAUUGAAAGCUAUCAAGCAUUGGCACAGCGCUAUCUACAAGCAGAAAGGUGUAUAGAGAUGUUCAAGCUUGCUGUUCAGUCCCAUCGAGAUGAUAUUCCAAAGGAUAUCCAUGAUCUAUGCCAAAAAAUACGGCUUGUCAAAAACUUUAUUGUACACCGAGGACGCUCGGAUGAUCCUAAAACAGCCGACAUAUUUUUAUUUGAAGAGAAGAUUGAAGGAAAUUUUGUGAAAUUUUUUGGUAAUCUAUUCUUUGGAAUCCCCGAGGACAAGGAGAAUGAAACCAUAUAUCAGAUUAUGCAUACAUUAUCACACAAAACUUAUCAUGAUAGCUAUGGUAGAUGGAUGAUUGCAGAUAUUCAAGGAAAUAAAGACGGGCUACUCACAGACAUCGCUAUCAUAGAUGAAGAGUACCCAUGGACUAUGGGAAACACCAACCGACUUGGUUUGAUUGGAUUUUGCCUAACAGCAAAAUGUAACUCCUUGUGUAAGUAUCUUGACCUCCCACCUCCUCGUAGUGCUAGAUACCCCAAGCUUGUGAAUGGUGUAGUGGUUGAAGGGACUGAGAACAAUUUUCCCGUGCUGGAUUCUGAUGCUGAGCGCUCAUGGGAAUUAGAGGCUGGUAUCCGUUCUAUUUGUGCAUCAACUCAUUGUUAA